AUGGCCGUUAUUUUCUUCGUUCUGCUUAUUUUUGGCGUCGCUGUCCCGGCAGGAGCUUUUAACUGUGGCCCUUUACCCGGAGAAGUGAACAACGGAGACAUAAACUACCCCGAUGGAACAGAAACCGGGGCCGUAGCUAAAAUUGAAUGUAGACUAGGUUACAAUUUAAUCGGGAAGGGCGAUAUAGAGUGUGGCGAACAGGGCUGGUUGGAACGGCUGCCGGUUUGCGAGCCGGUCCGGUGCACGCGGGUCCCGGAUGUUGAUCACGCCACGAGCGACAGCGAUGGCAAAGACGUCUACGACUUUUCCCAGACCGUGACGUACACCUGCAACGACGGCUACACGCUGGACGGGCCGAGGCAGCUCUCCUGUUCGGAGGACGAAAGCUUCCGGCCCGCUCCCCCCAAGUGCGUCAAGGUCCAGUGCGCCGACCUCCGGGUGGAAAACGGGGAGCUGGUCGAAGGUUCCCGGCCCCCGCACGGACACCGGGCCUCGUUGAGGUUUAAGUGCAAGAAAGGCUUCGAGCUGGUGGCAGGGUCGUCCGUGACCUGCGACAUAACGAGCAAGUGGACCCCCACCAUCCCGCAGUGCAGGGCCAGUGGCGGGGGGAGCAGCCUGUCGGCCGGUUUGGGGACCGUCCUGAGCCUGGCGGUCCUGCUCGUCCUGCAGUUCUGGGUGUAA